GUGCGGCAUGGCCUCCAAUGUGAACAGAUUUCACUACCUUGUACCGACUCCUUAGAGACCAUCGCCAUCCGUGUAUUUGCUCCAGCAAGUCCCCCAUUGUCUGUGGUGACGUUUUAUAACCCACCUCCCGCAAUGGCACGUAUAUCUCAUUUGAUAAGUAUUGUUCGUCGUCUUGAUCCACAUGCGCUAGUGGCUGGCGAUGCCAACUUACACCAGGAUAUCUGGGACAGCCGUUUGCCUGCUUCCAAAGAAGGAGAAGACUUUGCAACAACUUUGGUGGAUCUUGGAUUUGAAGUGGUAAACAACCCUUUNUCGAAGUGCGACUUGGUGUUAGCCAAUGCUACUACAUGGCAUUCGGUCUAUCGCGGCAUUCUGCGUGCGGCAAAACAAACUAUUCCUAAGGGCAACCGCGACAACCCACAUACGAUUUGGACGGACGAUAUGGAUUUGGCAUCCAAGCAGGCUGAAGACGCGUUUCAGGCUCACCUUGCUGCCCCAAAUGAUGACAUGCUUUGGAACGCAUUCAUCCAGGCCAAGGAUCGACGGAACUCAGCUUUUCGUCGAGGGAUCCAAUUACUUAUGGAAUCCCGCGCUCAAAAACUCGGGGCCUUGUCAACCCCCAGUUGGCGUUAUUUAAGAGGAUUGGCGGCACCGCCUCCUCGCCCACUUUCUACAGUGGUUCUC